AAAAAAGAAAACAGUCAUUUGGUAUUUAGAGUUGUCCAAAAUUUCAUAUCCUUUUUACGUGUUUCCUCAGAGGAAGUCCGUAUCGUAAGCUUAUCGGUGAAAGAUUAGACAAUCUGUAGUAGAGUGAAGAGCAAAAUUUGGAUUGCAUUCAAAAAAACAACUUGGAUCUGACGCUGAUAACAGUCGUGCAGUCCUAGAAAGGAUAAACAAACCGAGAUUACUGUUCGCAUUGUCUGGGCUAGCAUCAAAGCAAACUGUUUGCAAAAACGUUGGAAAACGGACGAAGAAUCUGCUACAUAUCCUGGUGCGAUUGGAGGUAGAAUGUGGAGUUAAUAAAACGCCUAGUUCGUGAGCCAGAUUUACAAGACUCAUAAUUUUCACGAUGACGUCAACACCGGCGAACCAAUCAGCAACGAUCCCUGCACGCACUGGUCAACAGGCGCAUUCACAGGAAGGAACAAUCGGUUCUGUUGUCGCCAUGUGCUUCGUAAUAACAUUAACAAUAGUCGGAAACACUGGGAUUAUCGUGAUAUUCCGAGUUUUCAAACGAGUUCGAAAGAUAGUCACAAAUCAUUUUCUUAUAAACUUGGCAAUAAGCGAUCUAAUUGUUGCCCUAAUCACGAUGCCCUUCUGGAUCGCUUAUGAGAUCGAUCGUUGGCAUAGUAUACAUCAGUGGAUAGAUACUGUGACUCUGGAGCGAAUGUGGACCUUUGUUGAUAUAACUUGCGAGGCAUCAUCCAUCGCGAAUUUGGCUGUUAUAAGCAUUGACCGGUUGUAUUCUGUGAGUAACCCGUUCAAACAUCACUCAACAGUGACCCCAUCUAUUGCUCAUCGCCUUAUAUUUGCUGUAUGGGGCUACGCUAUAGCGGUUGCCUCGGUCUAUUUAUUGGAAACCAAAUGGAAGACGGCCAUUAUUUCUACUUUUGGUUUCAUUGUUCCUCUUACCAUCAUGGUCGUGUGCUACUUCAAAAUCAUCAUCGUUGUAAGGUCAUGUCGCAAGCGUUGGUCACAGAACCCUGAUGCCAAUAAAAACUAUUUUGGCUGCAUAGUUAACGAGUACAAGACCGCAAAGAGCCUGUCGGUUGUCAUGGUUGUAUUCGUCAUGUGUUGGAUGCCGUUUUUUGUCUUCUCGUUCCUUUAUACGUACUGCCUGACGUGUCUUCCUUGGUUAUACGCCAGACCCGCUAUUCCAGCAAUCACAAAAUGGCUACACUACCUGAAUUCUGCCUUAAAUCCUAUCCUUUAUACGAUGUUUAAUCCGUCGUAUCGCGUCAUAUUCCGUCGUCUCGUUUCGGUUUGUCUUCGAAAAGAAUACCAGUGCACCAGCUACGAGGCCUGGUAUCUAGGUUCCAGACGUGUGUCAACAAACAGUCAGCGUUCCUUAAACAACCGAAGUUCGUAUAGAAAUUCGUACAGUUCGGUUCAUCGACCCUCGUGCGGCUCCGUGACGCCGACAAAGAACGAACGCUCCGAGAUCAUCACACGAGAACCCACCGAAGUAAACGACGAGGUUUUCGUGGACGGUGCGACAAACGAAGGAGCAGCAACAGAAGAGACGGGAUUGAAAAUUUCGAAAGGAUUUCCAAACAGGCUAGCAGUCCGAACAUCUGUGAAUAAGACCAGAGUAUCGUUUACAGACAGCGAUACAGUUGUGUAAUAACGUGACACGGACGCAUUAUUAUUAAAUUUGAACCGCAAUUCUAGAUGAUGGCCUAGGAAAGAACAUGCACGAGAACUGCAUGCAUUAAUUUGAGAUACGAAUUGUCGAAUAUCAGGACAAAAUUAGCGAAGAGUUUCACCGCUCACGACAUAGAGGGUCUAACAACACUUACUAGUCCAAAGCGGGGAUAAACAGAACAAGAGGGAAGUGCACCCCUAAAUUUUAAAUUCUAGGAGUUUACCAUUGUUGCAUUGGUAUAUAGUUUUUCACGUCCACAGUCAGGAAAGAAUGUAGAAAUGUAGAAAUAAUCAUGGACUAGGUUUUCUUGCAUGUAAACAACUUUAAUCGCGAGAGGAAAAUCUUCUCUACGAGAGGAAAUAUUCUAGAAAAAAAAAUUCUCGACAGAAUGGGCUCUGGCACUAGAAUGUAAUAUUUAUUGUGGUUAUUUCCACAAGAGACUUUAGACAUUAGAAGUCGCGAAAGGAUAUGCUCAGAGAACGAGGGAAGAUUAAUCUUUUGAAUAAUAAUAUCAUAUUGGCUAAAAUGUAAC